AUGAUUGUGUCGCUGUGCAGGAAGGUGUUCUCGCUGGUGGUGCUGCAUGCAGCGCUGACUGUGAUCACAGUGCUGGCUCUCGUCAAGCAUUUCCUGGCGAUAUACUGGAUAAACUCCACGACGCAUGAGGACUCGCGGGAUACCAGGCCCGCUUCCUUUGCGAAAGUCAUAGACAGCAAUCUGAAGGCCAUCAACAGAGACGAGCAGACCACCGCUUCAGACCAGCAGCGCACCGGCGGCGACUAUAUCCACUUCGACCACGCGACGAACAACCCGUUCGACAACCUGAUCCUCGCGGAGGACCUCAACCUGGUGCCGAACUUGCAGUACUACUACAACCAGUACAACAUCGACAUCGAGGAGUUCAAAGUGUUGACCAACGACGGGUUCCUGAUCGACCUGUGGCACUUGAAGAGCAGAGACUACAAGUACGGCGCCGGCUCUCCCGGGCCAAGACCUUACGAAAGGGAACCCGUGCUGAUGCUCCACGGCCUAUUGCAAAGCAGCGGGUCAUUCGCGUCCAGCGGGAGAAAGUCCUUGGCCUUCCACUUGAACGACUGCGGCUACGACGUGUGGCUGGGAAACAACAGGUGCGGGUUCAAACCAAGCGCCAAGACAAAGCUGAAGGAUUUCUGGAACUGGGACAUGACCGACAUGGUCAAGCAUGAUCUGCCCGCACUCAUCGAUUUCAUCCUGCACCAGACAAACAGGAAAAAACUACACUUGGUGGCACACUCGCAAGGUACUACACAGGGUUUCAUGGCUCUGAUUAACCAUAACCACGAGUACCCAUUCUCAUCCAAGAUCGCAAAGUUUGUGGCUUUGGCACCCGCAGUUUAUCCGGGACCGCUACUGGAUGAGAAGUUAUUCGUAAGACUUAUGGUGAAGUAUAUUGAUAGCCCCUGGGUCUUCGGCAACAAGUCUUUCUUAAAGACUAUGAUGGUCGCAAGAGACCUACUGAUCGGCCAAAGCUCUUUCUCCUUCAUAUGCUACGUUUUCUUCAACUACUUGUUCGAUUGGAAUGAUAGCCUGUGGGAUAAAUCCUUGAGAGAUAGACACUUCCUUUUCUCUCCAGUUCACAUAUCAGUGAAACUGAUGCAAUGGUGGCUGUCCCCAGACCCAAAUAAGGUGUCUUUCAAAAAUUGCUCCCACGUUCUUUUCCCAGAUGAUAAAUCCUGGUUCAAUAAAGAUAUUGAUUUCGAUGAAAACAGAACGAAUAUCCUAAUGAUCUUCCCAAGACAAGACCGUUUAGUCGAUGGAGAAAGACUGAUCAAUCAUUUUGUUUAUCACGAAAACCAUAAUUCUUUCAAGAUUUGGUACAUUGAUGAAUAUUCCCAUCUAGAUGUGCUUUGGGCACACGAUGUCAUCGAAAGAGUAGGUAAACCAAUGAUCGAUUUCUUACGCGAAUGA